AUGAUGACCGCAUUACGUGAUUUUUUUGAUUAUGUGAAUGGUUUAGGUGUUGGUUCGAUGAUAGAAUCAUUACAAGAAUCUGGAUUUGAAAGUUUACUAAGCGACGAUGCUCUUGAUUUUUUGGAUAAUGAUAAUCUAACAAUAAAUGAACGUGUGGAAAAAUUUUUCGAGCGUCGCGUACGACGACCUUCUCCUGAAGAAAUUACUACUCUAGCAUCCGAGAUAGUGGUAAAUAUUCGUCAAGUUUUCGAACCAUUGAAAGAAAAACUGGUACCGAUACAAACUGCUAACACAUUGACAUUUGGUGCGGUUGAUACUAUCGGCCAAAUAGGAGAUAUAGCUACAGUUCCUAUACAACUAUUCUCACGAUUUAUUCUAAGAGAUUCGGAAUCGGAUAGCAUCCGAAAAUAUCCUAGACUAUUAUGCCGGGGAAAACCCGAAUGGUUUACUAAUACUGCAAAUUAUUUAACUAAUUUCGUGAUGAGACAUGGUGUAUCUGACCACCAGCUUGAAGGUUUUCUUCGAGUUGAAGGAUUAGAAGAUGAUUUUCAACAUUUCCAAUCAUGUAUUAAUCAAUGGACCCGACAAGUACGUGAGAUGUUACCACUUGAUCAAGAUUUCAUAAUUGGAAAAUCUGUCGCGAUGACCGAACUGGAACGAAUGCGUAAAUUUUUGUAUGCUGUCGUACUCAACAAACCCGAACUGUUACAAGAACACAACAACGCUACCAGACAGGUCAUUCAUGAUGCCGCCGCACAGGAAAGACCUACUAAUUAUACAUCUUUAUUACCAUGUAUUUCUUACGGACAACUUUUGCUUCCAACUGGUGAGAGAAGAAUCAUUGAUUUCACUUUUGUGCUCGUUUCUACUAAUAGACAUGGUACUGCUGAACGUAUACUUGACGAUAUUAGUAAUAUGUUUAAAAAUGUGAAAUCGAAAAAAGUCGAAAUGAAUGAUGGUAUACAAAUGAUUAAAUUGAAAGUGGAGAUUGAUGAAAAUGUUCCUCAUUUGAUCGCAAAAAUUAUUUCAAAGCUUGCUAAUCUUAUAGUACGUAGUAUUUUAAUUGGAAAUUUUGGAAUCAACGGAUUUCGACAUGCUAUGAAUCCAGCUUAUAAUCGAAUUUAUAGUUAUCAAGAACGAGAAACAGCUGAAGGUUUCAUUCCAACAUGGUUCUCAACAAGUUUGGAUAGAGGAGGAGAACCAUAUUAUUGUCCAGUUGGAUGGCGUCGAUAUGCCAUAGAUGUUGGUAUGACAGGAGCACAAUUUGAAAAAGAAUAUGGGCGAUGGGCAAUAGCUUAUCAUGGAACAGCUGGAACCCUAGCAAUGGCAAUUCUUCUUAAUGGACUUCGAGCCAGUGGUCAUGGAUGUUUUCUCAAAAAAAAUCAAAGUGCUGUCUACCUCAGUCCAAGUAUCGAAUACAGCGGGCAUCCUCGUUAUGCAAAAGUUCUCCAAAUUAAAUCCAAAUAUGUUCAAAUGGUACUUCAAGUUCGGAUUGAUCCGCUACUGAUCGAGAAACAUCAAGGGACAUUGUACGGAGCAAUUCCAUAUGAUACAGAAAGAGCAGAUCUACAUUUUAGUAAUAAUGAACUCGAAUGGAUUAUUCGAUGGAAAUCUGGAGAAAAUAUUAAAGCUCUUAAUGGUAUCUUGGUAUACGGACUGAUGUUUCGUGUUACUGAUGAGGAUCCACAGAAUUUACCACAAAACCGAUGGUGGAAUCAUAAAUGCCAUCGAUGCUAG